AUGACACCAACAGUAAGGCUCAGACCAGGUGUCAUCCCACUGCGGCAGCCGCACUGCUUCGAGGUGCCCAAGUAUCCUCGGACGAGGACAUCGCUGGCGUACCUGUCGGCGGGGCUGUUCAUGGGCUGGAACGCGCCGAUGCUGCCGCGGCUGCAACAGAACUCGUCGCAUAUCGUGCUGACGGAGGACGAGGCGUCGUGGCUGGGCUCCGUCGGCUCGCUGGCGUUGGUGCCGACGGUGGUGGCGGCCGCGGUGCUCGUCAACACGGUGGGCCGCCGCUGGCUGCUGCUCGCGUCCGCCGUGCCCUUCCUGGCCGCCGCCAUCUGGGAGCGCUUCGCCACCACCUUCGGAGAGCUCAUGACCGCCGUCGUCGUGGCCAGUCUGGGCAUAGGCCUCGUCAUACCGGUGUCCCCCGUGUACCUGACCGACAUCGCGGAGGACAGGAUGCGCGGCCUGCUGGUCACCAUGGGCUCUCUGAUGAGCAGCGUCGGCAGUCUCCUGACAAACGCUGUCGCUCCCUACGUGUCGUUCUUCACCCUGUGCGAGGUCCUGAUGAUCUUCCCUGUCGUCUUCGUAGCCGCCUUCUGGUGGAUGCCCGAGAGUCCGUACUUCUUGGUAGCCAAAGGGCGCACUCAGGAGGCUGAGAGAGCGUUGAUGAGGCUGAGGGGCAAGGACUCGGAGAAGGACGUGAGCGGCGAGGUGGAGUCCAUCCAGAAGGUGAUCCAGGAGGAGUCGAAGGACCGCAGAAGCGCCGCCGACGGCCUGCGGGAACUCAGAAGAAGCGCUGUUGCUCGCAAAGCUUUUGCGGUGGUCGCCACACUCACCACGCUGAACAUCUUCUGCGGCAGCCCCGCCAUAGGCGCGUACGCGACGCAGAUCUUCCUGUGGAGCGGCAGCUCGUUGGACUCCGACGUGUCGACCAUCGUGGUGAACUCGAUCCAGACGAUCUCCUCCCUAAGUUCGUCGCUGCUGGUGGACUGCACCGGUCGGCGACCGCUGCUGAUGUUGUCCUACACGGGCAGCUCGAUUUUUAUGAUUGCUGAGGGCAUCUACUUCUACCUCAAGGAGCAUGGCAGCGAUGAACUCGUGGAGAGCCUCUACUGGUUGCCUCUCACAGCUCUAAUUUCAUUCCACCUGCUGUUUAACAUCGGCGCCAACGCGCUAAUAUGGGUGGUGGCCAACGAGCUGGUGCCGGACGGGGUGCGCAGCGUGACCAUCUCGUUCAUCGCCGUGUGGAACGCGGUGCUCACCUCGGCGACCAUCAAGCUCUUCCAGGUGGUGAGCUCCGCGCUGGGCACCUACGUCUGCUUCUGGUUCUUCGCGGCGUGCGCCGCCACGGCGCUCCUCUUCACGGUCUUCUUCAUCCCGGAGACGAAGGGCCGAUCGCUGGAGGAACUCAACAUCGAGAUGAGGGCCCAGGCCGCUGCGGACCGUGCCAGACACGACGCCAAAGACAGAUCGUAG